AAGCGUGGCUGUCCACAACAACGUGGACUUGCAGCUACACGCUUUGGUAGACACUUGACACACAGAGAGGAAACGAUUGGAGCUUUACACAAACACGCCGGUCGAAAGAAUGUGCAAAGGUCACAGCGGCUUUUCCCUAUCGACUGUGUGGGUCUGUGUUUGUCCACUCGGUGUGUAUGCCGGCGUUGUUUUCACCGUCAGCUGUCAAUGUUCUUGUCAGACCUACAAGCACGUCUCACAGAUGGAAAGAUGAGAGGAUGCAGCAGGAAGCGGAUGUGAGACUGAGCCCCACCUGAGCCCUCAUCCCCUGCCCCCGCACCCACCCGGCCAUCCCAUCAUGCACAUGCCGUUUCGAGGUCGUCUGAAGCUGCUGGUGGCAUCUCUGACCGCCGUCAUCCUGCUCACCUGGCUCUACCUGCUGGCUGGGAACCUGGAGAAUGGCCGUUCUCUCCUCCUGUCCCCCUGUUUGUCAGAGACCCCCGAGGCACGGGUUCUAGAGCGGGCGGUUCUAGAGUCGCGGGUGCGCGAGAUAGAGGAGGAGAACCGGCAGAUCCGCCUGCAGCUCAGCCAAUUGCAGGGCACGGCCGGCCAGCCCGCCGACGGUGGUAACUAUGGCAACGCGGCGUGGGGGGCGUCAGCUGACACUGGGCCCGAGGAUGUGGAGAACACGGCGGAGGAGAGAGCCAAUCACACAGAGUGUCCCCGUUCGCCCACCGUACUGAAGUGUGAGCUGAUCCAUGUAGCGUGCGUGUGUGCCGGUCACAACGCCAGCAGAGAUGUGGUCACCCUGGUCAAGUCCAUCCUGUUCCACAGGAAAAACCCUCUCCAUUUCCACUUCAUCACAGACGCAGUAGCCAAUCAGAUCCUGAGUUCUCUGUUCCAGUCCUGGAUGGUUCCGUCUGUACAAGUUAGCUUCUACGACGCAGAUGAACUCAAGUCUGAGGUGUCAUGGAUACCUAACAAGCACUACUCAGGUAUCUACGGCCUGAUGAAGCUGACCCUAACCAAAGCGCUGCCCUCUGACCUCACAAAGGUCAUAGUCUUGGAUACGGACAUCACCUUCGCCACCGACAUCGCUGAGCUCUGGGCCAUCUUCAGGAAGUUCACUGACAAGCAGGUGAUAGGUCUGGUGGAGAACCAGAGUGACUGGUACCUGGGGAACCUGUGGAAGAACCAUAAACCCUGGCCCGCCCUGGGACGAGGCUUCAACACUGGGGUCAUCCUGCUCUACCUGGAGAGGCUGCGACGGAUUGGCUGGGAGCAGAUGUGGAGGCUGACCGCCGAGAGAGAGCUAAUGAGCAUGCUCAGUACCUCUCUGGCUGACCAGGACAUCUUUAAUGCGUUCAUUAAGCAGAACCCAGUCCUAGUGCAUCAGCUGCCCUGCUUCUGGAACGUUCAGCUGUCUGACCACACACGCUCCGAACAGUGCUACACAGAGGUGUCUGACCUCAAGGUGAUCCACUGGAACUCUCCUAAGAAACUUCGUGUGAAGAACAAGCAUGUGGAGUUCUUCAGGAACCUCUACCUAACCUUCCUAGAGUACGAUGGGAACCUACUGAGACGAGAGCUGUUUGGCUGCCCCAGCCAUGCCACCUCAGAGAGUGUACAAUUACAAGGAGCUCUGGAGGAGCUGGAUGAAGACGACCAGUGUUAUGACUUCCGGCGGGAGCGAAUCACAGUACACCGCGUGCACCUCUACUUUCUGCAGUACGAGUACACUCCCACCGGGGACGACACGGACGUCACACUGGUCGCACAGCUCUCCAUGGACAGGUUACAGAUGCUGGAGGCCAUAUGUAAGCACUGGGAAGGCCCUAUCAGCCUGGCUUUGUACAUGUCAGACGCCGAGGCCCAACAGUUCCUGCGUUACGCCCAGGCCUCCGAGGUGCUGAAGAACCGUAAGAACGUGGGAUACCAUAUCGUUUACAAGGAGGGACAGUUCUACCCUGUCAACCUGGUGAGAAAUGUGGCCCUGAGGAACGCCAACACACCCUAUGUGUUCCUGGCAGACGUGGACUUCCUGCCCAUGUACGGACUCUAUGAUUACCUCAGAAAGUCAGUGGUCCAGUUAGACAUGGACAACACUAAGAAGGCUCUGGUGGUACCGGCCUUUGAGACGCUGCGCUACCGCCUCUCCUUUCCCAAAUCCAAAGCCGAGCUGCUCUCCAUGCUGGACAUGGGGACCCUCUACACCUUCAGGUAUCACGUUUGGACCAAGGGCCAUGCUCCUACCAACUACGCCAAGUGGCGGACAGCCACCACGCCCUAUAAGGUGGAGUGGGAGGCAGAUUUUGAGCCCUAUGUGGUGGUGAAGCGGGACUGCCCUGAGUAUGACCAGCGCUUUGUGGGCUUUGGCUGGAACAAGGUCUCCCAUAUCAUGGAGCUGGAUGCACAGGAGUACGACCUGAUGGUUCUGCCCAAUGCGUUCAUGAUCCACAUGCCACACGCACCCAGCUUCGACAUCUCCAAGUUUCGCUCCAGCCCGGGCUACCGCUACUGCCUGCAGACCCUGAAAGAAGAGUUCCACCAAGACCUGUCCCGGAAGUACGGCGCAGCUGCCCUCAAGUACCUCACUGCUCAGAGGAACAUCUAAACCAGGACUCCCAAGGGCCACUGGGCUCCAUAUCUAGGGCCCCAACGGCCCCACUCGCCCCCAUGCUCUUCCCUGGCAAGUCUGAAGGGGUUUGGAAAUAUUGGCAACUAUCCUCCAAUAUCUCGACUAAUCUUGGAUAUCAAGAUGGAGCUUUAAAGUCUUGUAGAAAUUUCUGGAGAUGUGUUAAACUUUCUGGGGUGGUUUGGGCUGGGAUGACCCACCCAACUAUGCUAGAAUGGAUUAUGGCCCAAACUGGAAUAAAAAAAUGAACCAAACAGAACAGACAUGACAGUUGUCGCAAGAUGUUGGGAUCCCAGUGGAAGACGUUCCUCUGAGAGGGAUGAGUGGUUGACUGCUUUAAGCCAGGGAGUAAGUGACGAUUAUCAUGAUUUGUUCUGACAAUCAGGGCCUUUUCUGAGGAAAAUACAUUUCAAACCAAUACGACCACAUGGGAUAUCUGUACCUGGAACUCAAUGACAGGACAUUUGGGAAACACAGAACUGAAAGAAAGGGAAGUUGCAUCUUCCCUGGUCUCUUCAAGGGGACGAAUCGGAAUCACUUUCGGAGUGACCAAACGAACUGGAUAAACGUUUAAGCCUUAUAAUUUUCCAUUAUAUUUAAUAAGAUAUUUAAUGAUAUCAGUAUUUUUCUCAAUGUAAAUGAUUAGCAAUUAAUAACAAACAAAUAUGGCAUAUAUAUGUUUUGAUUAUGAUGUUGCAUAAUAAUUACAUUCUAUUUCCUUUCUCUAUUUUUGGGCCCCCCAUGAAAGGAAAGAGUAUGUCUUUGUUUGAAAGCCUCUGAAGGGUUGAGCGGGGAGAAUAGCCAGGCAUCAUGGUUAAACUGGACAUUGUGUAUGUGUGUGCACUCACUGACUAAAUGAGCUGCUCACUAAGUCACCAUGCUAUGUCAUAUUACAUUCGUACCUCUCAAUGUCAUAUACUUUUCUCUUUCCUCUACAUCAUACUAAUAUCAUCAUGCAUCUAAAUAAUAUAUGCAUACUGUAUCAGUCAAAAGUUUGGCCACACAUACUCAUUCAAGGGCUUUUCUUUAUUUUGACUAUAUUUUACAUAGUAGAAAAAUAUUGAAGACGUUAAAACUAUGAACCAGCACAUAUGGAAACAUGUAGUAACCAAAAAAGUGUUAAACAAAUCAAAAUAUAUUUGAUAUUUCAGAUUCUUCAAAGUAGCCACCCUUUGCCUUGAUGACAGCUUUGCACACUCUUGGCAUUCUCUCAACCAGCUUCAUGAGGUAGUCACCUGGAAUGCAUGGAGGAUGGGGAAUAAUUUAGGUGUACCUAAUUUGUGGAAUUAAUUUUCUUCUUAAUGCGUUUGAGCCAAUCAGUUGUGACAAGGUUGGGGUGGUAUACAGAAGAUAGCCCUAUCUGGUAAAAGAAAAAGUCCAUAUUAUGGAAAGAACAGCUUAAAUAAGCAAAGAGAAACAACAGUCCACCAUUACUUUAAGAUAUGAAGAUCAGUCAAUCGAGAAUAUGUCAAGAGAUUUGAAAGUUUCUUCAAGUGCAGUCACAACAAACAUCAAGCGCUAUGAUGAAAUGGCACUCAUGAGGACCGCCACAGGAAAGGAAGACUCAGAGUUACCUCUGCUGCAGAGGAUAAGUUCAUUAGAGUUAACAGCCUCAGAAAUUGCAGCCCAAAUAAAUGCUUCACAGAGUUCAAGUAAUAAGACAGAUCUCAACAUCAACUGUUCAGAGGAGACUGUGAAUCAGGCCUUCAUGGUUGAAUUUCUGCAAAAAAAACAUUACCAAAGGACACCAAUUAGAACAUGAGACUAACUUAGACCAAGAAACACGAGCAAAGGACAUUAGACGGGUGGAAAUCUGUCCUUUGUUUUUUUUGUUUUUUCAACGAUGUGUCUUUCAGAAACAGAGUAGGUGAAUGGAUGAUCUCUGCAUAUGUGGUUCCCAUCGUGAAGCAUGGAGGAGGAGGUGUGAGGGUGCUUUGCUGGUGACACUGUCGGUGAUUUAUUUAGAAUUCAAGGCACAUUUAACCAGCAUGGCUACCACAGCAUUUUAUAGUGAUACGCCAUCCCAUCUGGUUUGCGCUUUCAUUUGUUUUGCAAUAGGACAAUGACCCAACACACCUCCAGGCUGUGCAAGGGCUAUUUGACCAAGAAGAAGAGUGAUGGAGUGCUGCAUCAGAUGACCUGGCCUCCACAAUCACCUGACCUCAACCCAAUUGAGAUGGUAUGGGAUGAGUUGGACUGCAGAGUGAAGGAAAAGCAGCCAACAAGUGCUCAGCAUAUGUGGGAACUCCUUCAAGACUUUUGGAAAAGCAUUCCAUGUGAAGCCGGUUGAGAGAAUGCCAAGUGUGCAAAGCUGUCAUCAAGCCGAAGGGUGCCAACUUUGAAGAAUCUAAAAUCUAUUUUGAUUUGCUUAACAAAUGAUAUGCUUUUUUUGUUGUUUACUUCAUCAUCUCAUGUGUGUUAUUUCAUCGUUUUGAUGUCUUCACUAUCAUUCUACAAUGUAGAAAAUAGUCAAAUAAAGAAAAACCCUUGAAUGAGUAGGUGUGUCCAAUCUUUUGACUGGUACCGCAUAGGUGUUAAUAUUAAGAUUCUUGUUUUUCCUUCUGCAUAUAUUUAUCCCCUCUAAGCCAAAUAUGCACCCAACUUCAGUCAAAAAUACAAGUCACCACUGAUUGGGACCAUCGCAAACAGACCCCAAAAAAUCAAAAUAGCAACAACAAAAAAGCAUCUCGCCAGGAAUGCAAUGGCUGAAAAUAAACAGCCUGUUGUUGAAUUGUUAACAAUCACUACAAAAAUGCCAUGAACGAUUGGAGCAUUACCAGUGCCAUGUCGAGAUGAGUAACACACUGUAUGCUAUGUGCCAUCUACUGUAACAAACCUUGUCAUCUACCAAACAAGCCGUUCUCCUUUUACGAUGAACCUUUCCCCUUUUCUUUAAAACGUCAUUCCUUUUUCUAUUGACCCAUUCCUUGUUUUUUUCGUAUACCAUCAGGAAACCCACUUCUGUUCUCACAAACCAUCCCUUCUUUCUCUAAUCCCAACCCCAUCCUAAAUCUGUAUAUGCUACUACUACUGUUUUGAACUCUAUAGUACACAUAAUCCAUGGGACAACCGGGCAGUAACAAAUCAACCUUUCAACCCCAAUGAACCUACCACUCCAAAUGCCAAAUAAUAGGUAUACGCCUAAAGUCACGAGAAACGGCAAGUGUUCAAGCCUAUUUGCUACUGUAAUGACUUUGUAAUGACUGAAUGGUCACAUAUAAUGCCACUAUGGGGUCGGCACAUACAACACAACUAUGGGAUGGGCACAUACCCUGCAUCGUUACUAUGGGUUAGGUUUAUACACAGCUGCCAUUGAAUUGGCUACCAAGGAAUGGAUCAAGACACCACCUCUCCCUGCCACCUUCCAUGCCUCCCACAACCCCUGUCGACUGUUCUGAGUGCAGUAAAUGCUAGUGCCUUUGCUGUAUUGUGUAACUGGAUAUUGAUUGUACUGCUGUACGUUACCAAUGGGGCCUGAGGAUAGUCAGGCACUCUAUUUAUUAUUGUCGACUCAAAUCAAUCAUAUUUUUCUAUGUCGGGGACAAAGUGCUUUAAAUAAAUAUGCCCUUUUUCAACCA